AUUGGACCUAUCCUCUAAGCUUUUACAGGAAACUGCUCAUGUUGAACCAUUUAUUUGUUACCUGCAAAAAACCUAUUGUGUCUCUAAUUAAUGGAGUGGCCAUAGGAGGAGGAGCGGCUCUUUCCAUGAGGGCAACCUUUAGAGUUGUGACAGAGAAUGCUAUAUUUGCUAUGCCAGAGGUACAUAUUGGAGUGUUUCCGGACUGUGGUGCAUGUCACUUCCUUUCUAGCCUUCCUGGCUAUUUUGGCGAAUACUUAGGACUAACUGGUACACGUUUGGAUGCAGCAGAAAUGAUAGCAUGUGGUUUAGCCACACAUUUCAUUCCUUCAAUGAAGCUAAAUUCAUUGGAAAAUGCCCUACAAAAUAUUACUUCUUCAAAUGUAUCAACAAUUGCCACCCUAAUAGAAACUUUCACAGAGAAGGCAAAUGUGAAAGAAGAUAGUCCAUUCAAGAGAUUGGAGAUUAUAAACAAAUGUUUUUCCAAAGAAACUGUGGAAGAUAUAAUCCAUACUUUGGAAAAUGAAUUAUUAGAAAAUGGAACAGAAAAGUGGAUAACAGAUGCAUUAAGCUCAAUGCGUUCAGCAAGUCCCAUAAGUCUCAAAAUAACUCUUAAAUUAAUAAGAAAAAGUCGAAUACAAAAUAUCGAAGAAUGUCUUUAUCGGGAUUAUAAUAUUGCCAGCCAUGUCAUUAGAGGAACCGUUAGUUAUGAUCUCUUUGAGGGUUCAAGUGGAAUUAGCUUUUACUUUAGUGAUAGAUUUGCGACUACCUAUUCGGUAGCUAAACAACUUUCCGAUGAAAUAGCAACUGUUCUGUUUGCCUCACUGAUCUGCGACUUGUAA